UAGCUUUGCGACGUUUCCCACUGCACCUGAAGGCAGCCUCGGCGGCCGGUUUAUUAAUGGUGGAAAGGGAGGGGGCGUUCACGUCCACAGUAAAAAGUCAGGAAGCGGCAGUUUGCCGUUAGUCUUCCAACAGAACGGUCAUCAAAGAGGUGUUGAACGUUUGCGUCUGUGCGGCUAAGAUCAUUAUGCAACCUCCUGCGAGACGCUUCGGACCCCACUAGUCUGUCCUCGUCACACGUUACGACCCUCUAGAAAUCUUUCCUCGACGUCGUCCACCAUGCCGUCCCUGCGACACUCUUACACGGUGACAGCACCGGAGGAACCGACCACCGCUCUACCCGCAGCCAAACCAGAUUUGCGGCGCAAGGGUCCGUCCUUGUCCCGGUCAAUGCUGGUGUCCACAUUCAUGGGGCUGAUCAUCAACCAGGCCAAGCAGAAGCAGAGUCCGCAAGGCCUGGUGGGACUGAAGAACCUGGGAAACACCUGUUUCAUGAACUCUAUCCUUCAGUGUUUGAGUAACACCCCCGAAUUGAGGGACUACUGCCUGAGGGACGUCCAUCGAACCGACCUGAACAACAGCAGGACCAAUUCCGCUCUCACUGACGAGUUUGCCAAGCUGACUCGGAGCUUGUGGACGUCCUUCAACGAGACUGUGACUCCCUCCGAUUUCAGGAACCAGGUCCAGCUGUACGCUCCCAAAUUUGCAGGGUGCAAUCAGCAGGACGCCCAGGAGUUCCUGCGCUUCCUGCUGGAUGGCCUCCACAAUGAGGUGAACAGGGUGACGACGUCCACAAGGCUGCCCAAUGAGGACUUUGACCACCUCUCGGAGGACGAAAAAGCCAAACGAACAUGGAGCUUGUAUUUGGAGCGGGAGGACAGCAAAGUUGUCGAUUUGUUCGUCGGGCAACUGAAGAGCUCGCUGACGUGCACCGUCUGCGGCUUCCGCUCCACGGUCUUCGAGCCCUUCUGGGAUCUCUCCAUACCCAUCCCACUGAGGAUGUCUGGCGAGGUGACGCUCAGAGAUUGCCUGAGGGUCUUCGCCAAGGAGGAUGUGCUGGAUGGAGACGAGAGGCCGACUUGCAACAGAUGCAAAGCCAGGCGAAAAUGCAUCAAAAGAUUCAGCAUUCAGAAGUUCCCUCAGAUUCUUGUGCUUCACCUGAAGCGUUUCUCUGACUCCAACGUCCGAGCCAGCAAGCUGUCCACGUAUGUGAACUUCCCCCUCAAGGAGCUCGACCUGCGGGAGUUUGCGUCCGAGGGCGGCGAGCGGGCCGUGUAUAACCUCUAUGCGGUAUCCAACCACUGGGGGAACACGUUGGGGGGUCAUUACACGGCCUACUGUAAGAACGCCACGGUGGGGGAGUGGUACAGCUACAACGACUGCAGGGUGAGCCCCAUGUCCUCCAGCCAGGUUCGCAGCAGCAACGCCUACAUCCUCUUCUACGAGCUUGCUGCCUCGCAGCACGGCAAAAGUCAGACGUGUCGCCUUUAGGCGCCCUGACAACAGGACACUGUUGCAACGCCCGCAGGGUGAUAGCUCUCCCUGGUGGAGAGAGCAGACUGUGACUGCUGUUAUUUGAGAAGGCGGGACAAGGCCGGGUCAGGACAGUAUGAACUGUUUUACUGCUGUCCCAUCCCGGACCUGAAUUUAUAUUUUUCUUAGUCUUUUCCAGGAUUUCUCUUUAGGGGUUUUUUGUAUGCACUGGACUAACAUGGACUAUUGAGGACUACUGCAAUUUAUAAUUUAUUCUGUUAGUCAUAGGAAAAAAUAGGGGCAAAAAAGAACAACUGUGAUGCACCACCAGUAUGGAUUUAUUUUUGUACAGCACAUGCAGCAGAGCCAGGAACACCAAAGCAGCGACAACACUGUGUGUGUGUGCGCGUUUAUGAUUAAAAGUCAGUUCAAACUUUC